CUGAUGAGAAGACGCCCUAGUGUUUUUCGUUCUGGAAAUGAGGCAGAAAGGUGCAAAAAGCAACCCGAGAUGAAUAGAUGGUGGUGCCAGAGUGAAAGAAUGAUGUGCUCUGAAGCUGAAGCCGGAUUUUGCGAUCCCAUGGGAGGUCUCAAUGUGUUCCCAAUGUGUCAGUUUGGAAUCCACUGAGAUUUACAACUUGAGCUUUUUUGGGUCGCUUUUAGGAUCUUGAGAGAAAAGUUGCGGUAUCAAAUGUUAAUGCUCUCCUUCUCUCUCUCUCUCUCUUCAUUCUACUGCAACAAUUUGCUGGAUGACCUAACCUGUUUCUGGUGAGUGGUGGGACGAUUGCUUUCCCCAGUCAGGAGGUGGAGAAGCCCGUCGUGUUUGGUUGAGGUCGUCUUGUCAAGGGACGUUGCGACAGUGCAAGAUGUCUCCUUGGCAGGUUGAGGCUGUCGCUGAACAUGCUGGAAUCAGACAAGCAGAAAGUGAAGUGACAUCCACUGUCUGUGAUAUCACCAGUGAGGCAUAAUGAGCCGAGGGACAUCCAUCUUGUGGUGGCAAGCCGCCCUGUUCCUCUGGGUGGCUUCCUGUCACUUUGAGCAGCUCUUAGCUCGCUCAUUUGUCGAGCCUCGACUCGAAAACAUCCAUUGCUACAACCCAAGUCCGAAUGAGGAACAAAAUGGUACUCUGGUUUGCAUCAUUAGUCCAAGUCAGUCAGGGGACAAUAGGCCACCAUGGAGGCCAAUUUCAAACCCAGAUCGAACGUGGAGGCGGCCCAGAGUGCUGAGGCUGCAGUGCAAUGGCACAAGUCAUCAAGAAAUUCCCGAAAGUGCAGACAGGGAGACCACUCCUCUCAACAGGGGCAUUGUUCGUAAUGGUGAAGGUGGUUUUGGAGGAGGUUUUGCCGACGCCAGACGAGGCCAUCGUCCCUCGGCCUCGCCUUACUCUUCUUCCCCGGCUCCUCUGCGUGAUAUCUUAGAUCAAGUGCUGUCUUCCAUUGAGGACACCUUUGAGGCGGUCUCUUCCUCUAGUCUUUGGCAAUCUCUACGAGAAUUGCAAGUGAUAAAUUGUCUUGAAGAACUUCAGCGACUGGAUCUACUUUUUCUGGCCUCGUCGUUUACGUACGAGCUCGCCUCUCUUCGCAUUCAGGAUGAGUUCUCUGAACAAAGGAAAACCGAUAAGUUCAUUAUCCGAGAACCUGAUGUGUUCGCAGAUGGUCCCCGGAAAUUGAGCCAUUUGGAUCUGUCCUCGGUCGGGCUCCAAUUUCUCCCCGAAGGCUCGCUCUGCCCUUUGCAACACUCGCUUCACAGCCUUAACUUGACCUCCAACCUGAUCUCGGAUGUGGCUGACCUUGGUCUCCACCGACAGACUGGAGGUGUCGCCUGUCAGAUCUCCAAAGUUCAUUCCAUAAACCUGUCCAGGAACAGGCUGCAAGUCAUUAAGAGUGGGGCUUUGGAACCCGUCCUCGCCUCAGGAAGCCUUCGUGACCUGGAUCUUAGUGGCAACCAGAUUUCUCGACUCGAAGAUCAUGCCCUCGUGUCCGCUAGUCAGAGCACCAGCCAAUUACAAGUUCUUAAUUUGGCUCACAACCGGCUGAGUCAACUUCCGGAUCAUCUCCUCGUGUCACGUCUUGAACAACAUGCAGAUUCCGCUCAAGUGGGUCUGACCGAGCUCUAUCUCUCCAACAAUACCCUGAGCCAGCUCCCCAAGGGCUUGUUAGAUCGUCUUACCCAUCUCGUGGUUCUGAACCUGUCUCACAAUGCCUUGACCAAUAAAUGGAUGCAGGAGAGCCCCUUCCAAGCCCUCAAAAGCCUGGUCGCUUUGGACCUAUCCCAUAAUCGUCUCCAAGGGAUCGAGGCCCGUUUUUUUCAGGGCCUGAACUCGUUACAAGUGUUGACUGUGGCUCAUAAUCAGAUUCAUAGUGUCGGUGGUCAAUUGGGGAGCGUGAUGCCCUCCAUUCAUGCCUUGGUUCUAGCCCACAAUAGCCUCGAAGAAUUGCCCUCCGAUGUGUUUGACGGGUUGAACCAACUCAGUUCCCUUGGGUUGGAUCACAACGGCAUCAAAACUUUGACCAGGGAUACUUUCAAUGCUUGUUGUAGCAAUCUCCAGGACUUGGCUUUGCAUUCCAACUCAUUCCGACACAUCCCGCAUCCCGCCCUCAAGCCCUUGGCAGCAAAUUUGCGCACCCUGGAUUUGGGAGAAAAUCAAAUUUCCCUGGUCCAUCCCAAUGCUUUGGCCGGAUUCGAGGAGUUGUAUGGACUCCGCUUGGCCGGGAAUCAAAUUCAAAGCUUGCCCGAGAAAGUUUUCGCCCAAGCUGAUAACAUCAAGAUGUUGAAUUUGGCCGAUAAUCGUAUUCAGAAUAUUGAGCAGGAUGUCUUCCUACCGCUCAAAAGCUUGAAGGCCUUGAGAUUGGAUAACAAUGAGUUAGAGGACUUCAACGGCCUCUUAACCACCCAGCACCAACUCCAAUGGUUGAACAUCUCCAACAAUCGCCUGCUCUGGUUCGAUUACGCUUUCAUCCCCAAGUCGUUGCUUUGGCUCAAUUUGGCCGGGAAUCAAAUUGAGGAGCUGGAAAAUUACUACGAGAUGCAAAUCGGUUUCCAUCUGGUUCACUUGGAUGUCAGCCACAAUCUCUUGAAGAAAAUGGAUCGACAGAGCUUGGUACCCAGUCUGAAAGAGCUCAAGUUUCAAUCUAAUUUGAUCGAGGAAUUUGCUCCCAACUCCUUGAUUGGGCUCUCCAAUUUGACGUCGGUGAACUUGUCCAACAAUCGAUUGUCCAAAUUUUCCCUGAAUUCAUUGGCACUGACACGCGAGUCAACGGAGAACACGGAUCCAGUGGAGCUCUAUUUAGCCCACAAUCCGAUAAUGUGCGACUGUGAAAUGGAAUGGCUGCAAAGGAUCAAUGAUUUAGCCCGACGAGCACCCAGGGAAUUCGCGUUUAUCGCGGAUUGGGACAACAUUAGUUGCUCUCUCAACAAUCGGCCUUAUUCUUCGAGCCCAGACCUGCCUUCCAACGAGACAAAAUUGGUUCUCCCGUUAAAGGAAGUCCAGCCGAGCGAGUUCAUCUGCCAAUAUCAGACCCAUUGCUUCGCUCUGUGUAUGUGUUGUGACUUCUUUGCGUGCGAUUGCCGAAUGAAAUGCUCGGAUGGUUGUGAGUGCUUCAACGACCAAACUUGGUCGGCCAAUAUCAUCCAAUGUGGAAAACGGGAGCAUCGAGAAGUGCCCGAGUUUAUCCCCAUGGAUGCCACGGCCAUCUACUUGGAUGGGAAUAACCAUACGGACCUGUCGACCGAGACCUUCAUCGGGCGGAAGCAUCUAACUUCACUGUUCCUCAACAACAGUGCCAUCACCAUGAUCAGCAAUAAGACCUUUGGCGGCCUCUCUGAGCUCUUGAUCCUUCAUCUUGAGCACAAUAAACUGUCUGAGCUCACGGGUGGAGAGCUGCUCGAUCUGUCAUCAUUGCGAGAGCUCUAUCUGGACCACAACUCGCUCACCCACAUCCACCCUAGUGCGUUCAAAAACUUAGGAAAGCUCCAAAUCCUUACGCUUAACAACAACAAAUUGGUGGCAUUUCCUCUUUGGGACCUCUUUCAAGCGGGCAAUGUCCACCAGGUGGCGCUGGCGGGCAAUCCUUGGUCUUGUGAAUGUGGAUUCUUGCAGAACGUGCAGAAAUUCCUUAAGGAACAUCAGGAGAGGAUUCUGGAUGCUCAGGAAUUGACGUGUGUCGUAGGGGAUUCUUCCCAAUCCAGUAUCAUCUCCAAUGCCUCUUGUGCUGAUGUGCUAGCGGUCUCCUUUCGCGAUCAAAAUGGAGCCGACCAUCGAAAUGACCAGAGUGUGUUGGUCAGUUUGGUGCCCGUGGUGGCCGUGGUCUCGUCCGCAUUCAUCAUUGUCAUCAGCCUGAUCAUCUUAGCCGUGGCCUUGAGGAAGCCAAUAUCCAUUUGGUUUCGCUCCAAAUAUGGGAUUCACCUCAUGGAACGCUCCAACCGUCGCUCCAUGAGCGGAUCCGACGAUACGAAUACUAGUGCUGGGGUGGGUGGAGUGGGCACCGUCGGAGGCAUACCCAUUGGUCAUAAUCAGGCCCAAUAUGACGUGUAUGUUCAUUACAACGCCGAUGACGGUCUGUUUGUCCAACAGAACUUGGGUCCAGCCUUACCCUCAAGAUCGUUCCUACAUCACCGAGACCUCCGGUCCAAGUCCCGAACUUUGGGGGAUGCAAUUGAGGCCACGUUGGAUACUUCCGCUAGUGUCUUGGUCUUGGCCUCCAGGGAUUAUUUGAACAAUGAAGUCUGUCGCAAUGAGUUUGGACUCAUCCUCGACCGAAUGGCUGUGAAAAUCCGACUGAGACACCUCAUUGUUGUCACUGUGAACGCGGAGGAUCAAAUGCAAAUCCGGAACGUAGUUCCCAGAGAUUGCCAUCAGCUCUCGGUUAAUGAUGACAGCUUCCGAAGCAAGCUCAGACAGAUCGUGACAAAGAAUCGCGAGACUGCCUUGAUCACCCCCCUGAGGGUGAUGAAUGGUGUCGGAAAGCAGGAUUACGUGGCUGCGGAUGAUGACAUGUGGACUUAUUUGAAAGGUGUCAAUAGUGCGUCCUCGUCCACGACCGGUGGUCAGGACUCGUCAGUGAGCACGCGAUCCACGGACAAUUCCAAUACGCUACCCUCGUCCAAUUCCAUGAAUCAGUCAGGAUCCAAGCGACUGUCCACUCUCCAGCCUCACAAAUCCAAUCUCAUUGUGAAUCCCAUGGACAUGCAGAACCGAUCAAUGACAUCCCAGAAGUUUGGCCAUUUACCCGGGAGUCGUUCCAAGGGCAGGAUCGUGGAAAACCCAUUGGAGUUGUCGCUUCAUUCUGAUUCCGAUUACAUGUCUGUCUCGGACAGUCUUCCCAAACAACAAGAGCCCAUUUACCACACCUUGGAGCCUCCUUUUAUCGAGACGGUAUUGCCCAAGAAGUUGGAUCGAGUCUAUAUCAACGCCGACCUUGAGGUCGUGUAUCCUCGAGUUGGUCGGCCUCGCCAACAACACACUUUAGAUGACUUCAUCGAAGACUUUGUCGAUGAAGACGAUGAACUUUUAGCGGAUGAACUUGGAACCGAAAACGACUCCAUGUACGAGGAUGAACGUCAGUUCUCCCGGAACAGCUCUUAUGUUCCAUCACCGGCUCCUGGUUCCAUGCCCAGAAACCGAUUGGUUUCGAAUACUGGAAGCUUCUCUCCACAUUCGAACAUCUCCGCUAGUCAGACGAGUGCGAACAAUUCCAUGUUCCCUCCCAAUAAAACUUCCACAACUUCCAGAAAUCACCAUCGAAAUCCUAGAUUCAAUCAGAAGAAGUCCAAUCAUCUUGAAGGAGGGACUUCUCGCCAACAAGAACAACACCCGCCCCAAAAUCCUGGUUACUACAUUUGAUGAAACGGCAGUGUCUCCGUUUGAUAAAAAAAACCUCCCCAAAAACAUUUUAUCAGUUCUGAACUGCUGCCUACCGAUCGUGAUUGUGAUGUUUGAUACUGAACCAACUUUAAUUCCCUCUUGUCCUGUUGCGAAUAAAUUGUGAUUUUGUCUGUUAACGUGAAA